UUAUAUGCAGCAAUAUUGCAGCAUAAUUUACCACUUGAUAACUAAUUUUUCAAUAAUGACAUUUCUACCUCUUUGUAUUGCUCUUGUAUGGCUCUUUCUCCCAUCAGGCAAUUUACAAGCCCACGCGAGCACAUUGUACGUGAGUAACAAAUGCCCAUUUCCAAUAUGGCCGGCAACCGCCCCAAAUCAAGGGCACCCGGUUUUAGCCAACGGUGGAUUCCACCUCCAACCGGGUAAAACCCGAAAAUUCCAGGCUCCGGGUGAUUGGACGGGUCGGAUCUGGGCCCGAACGGGCUGCAAUUUUGACCCGACAGGAAACCGAAAGUCCGCCUGCGAAACAGGGGAUUGCGACGGCAAACUCGAGUGCAACGGGACAAUCGGAAUCCCUCCGGCCACAUUAGUCGAAUUCACGCUCCAGAUCGACAAGAAGAAACCUAAUUUCUACGACGUCAGCCUCGUGGACGGCUACAAUCUGCCCGUCCACGUGUCGCCAAGGUCGCCGGCGGCGGAAUCGAAGUGCCACAUCGGCGGCUGCUCGGGGAACUUGAAGGCGGCGUGUCCGGCGGAACUGCAGGUGGUGAAUGGGAGGGGUGAGAUCGUGGCGUGUAAGAGCGCGUGUUUGGCUUUCAACCUGGACUCGUUUUGCUGCAGGAAUGAGUACGGCACCCCGGAGAAGUGCAGGCCGAGCGUCUACUCCAAGAUGUUUAAGGAUGCUUGUCCGUCUUACUUUAGCUACGCCUUCGACGCGCCGCCGCCACUGGUUAACUGUGCCGCCGAUGAGUAUGUGAUUACUUUCUGCCCGGAAAAGUGGGGUGGUGCUGUUGAUCAUAUGUCUGAUUAGUGAUUUAAUUGUUGUUUUGAUUGGAUUAGUAAUAAAUAAAGUAAUUAUGUUAUGUUAAAAAUUAAAAUAUCAUUGAUUACUUGUUCUAGUUUCUAU